GAGGAAAUAAAAAUGAUAUAAAUCAACCUGGCUAUACUUAUCAAUACGAUUCUGAUUCCAGUGAAAUUGAAGAUAAUCCAACCAAUACAAUUACUUCUUUAUAUAGAAAAAUUUUCAAAACUCAAACAAAAAUUUCAGGUUCAAUGGUUAUGAGCUUUGAUAAAGAAUCAAUAUUUAGUGAAUUAUUACAUGAUAUAGAAUUUUGUCCUUAUUCAAUUAGUUUAGCAGAUAAACUAUCUAUUAUGAUCUUUAGUUUAGAAAUAAUAAAACCCAAUCCUAUAAUUUCUACACCUUCUAAACCAAAAUCUUUAUGGACUAUAUUAAUACCAAAUCCUGGAAAUACUAAUUCUAAGCAUAUACGAAUACACACACCUAAUGAAAAUUUGGAACAAGUUAGCAAUAAAAUUAUAGACGCAAGAAAUAAUUUUAUCGUUGAUGCAGAAUUUCAACUCGCAUCUGGAUGGGCAUUAAAAGCAAAUCAAAAAUUUGGAAAAAGAGGCAGAAUAAAAAUGUCAAAAAAGAUUAUUACGUUGUUACAAGAUUUUUUUCAUGCUG